AUGAGGAGGCCUCGCACGAGGGAGCGCGGCAAAGUGGCACAGGGAGAGCGUAAGGACGUUUCUAACGGGGACAGGCAGCGCUCCCAUCCUCACCAACGGCACUGUUUCUCUUUCAGAGGAUACGACGGGAAAUCUGACCUUCACGUUGGAAUAACCAAUAGUAACGGUGUGGUGUAUAAUUACAACGAAGAGGGCAUUCACAGAUCUGAAACUGGAUGGGAACAGUGCAUUAGUAUCCCACUAGUACAGCCAGACAUGUUUGGGCUUCUUCAGCAGUGGGAUAAACUUCUAGAGGAAUUUUCUGUGGGAGAGGCCUGGCUUCCUCACAGGUAUGAAGAACAUGACCACAACUGCUACACAUAUGCCCUGGCAUUCAUUAACAGCAUACUGACUGCACAAGGAAAACAGCAAAUGAGUAAAAGUGAAUUUACAGAGAAAUUUGUGAUCCCGCAGACAAAGAAAGCUUCUAAAUACAUUACUCUGCAUCAUGAGCUAACAGCUAAUGAUUUCUACAUUGUACCCCUUCCUGAUCAAGAAAAACAGUGAUGAAAACAACAGGUUGCUGUAUUAAAACAUCUACAACAUGCAGUAGGAAAAGGAAGCCUCAAGACUCCAAAUCUCAUGGUUUAAGAUGCAUGAUCUACUUAAUGUACAUAAAACCACAGUUACCUUUACACGUUAACCUGCACAUCAUGGAAGGAUCAGGAAACUGAACUUGCGCUUUUGAAUGAAAUACCAUCCAUGCAGUGUACACACUACAGAAAAUUUCUAUGGGAACUAUUCAUGUGGAAAAAUAUUUUCCUACUUACAUUCACUGUAUGCUCUUGCUUUGCCGAGAUACUUAAUAUCAGAAGUUUUAACUGCUGUGUAAUUAAGGGUUUUAACAAACAAACUGGUAACUUAACUUAAACUGUAGCAAACCAAAAUGUUUUUUUCCUGGUACACUUAUUUACUGAUGGGUGAAAAAAAGGUAAUUUGUGCUUGCCUGCUGCUGAAAUCCAAAUUUAAUGCAGAUUCACUACAUGCAAAGUUGCUUUUCUUUAAUUACUAAUAUAACAACAAAUAAAUCCAG